AUGCUUGGUGUCGAUGAUCCACAAAGUGUAUUGAGCAGCGGCUUAGCGCCACUGUUCGAUUGGAAGGCACUGAGCCAGCCGCGUCACCUUGAUUUUCAGCAGUUCUUGGACAGCCUUGGCGUCUCGCCAUUGGCGCCACCGCCAGUGCUGGAGGUGGCUCGGAAAGCUGCGGCAUUCCCAUACCCUCCGCACUGGACUGAGGAGAUUGAUGCCGCGUCAGGUGCUCUGUACUUCUAUCAUCAGUUGCGGGAUGAGUCGUCCUGGCAGCAUCCACUGACAGAGACCUUCCAAGAGGUGCUGCAACAGGUGAGCUCAUUUACUGCGGACCAGCUAGAACUGGACCAAGUGGCCUCCCGAAUUGAAGCUGUCUUGACCGACAUCCAGGCGCGAGCAGCUGCUGAACUACAGCAGUGGGUCGGGCCACUGGGAGAGCCGGGCUGUGAACAGUACUACUACAACAGCGUGACCGGCUGCAGCACAUGGGAAGAUCCCUGUGAGCGCUGGAGGUAUGACAUACAUGUCCGGUACGACCUUCUUGUAGGCUUGGUCGCUGCUGGCGGGUUCUCUGCAUCCUGCAAGCGCAUCCUCGCAGUCUUGGCAAACGCAUGCCGGAGGUUUCCUGGUGGCUCAGGAGCGUCGCUCCACCGCCAAGGCUACUCGUCGCAUUUGCGCGCAGUCAAAGAAAAGCCCAUAGGCCCUUGGAAUCAUGAAGAAAGACCCAAACCGAGUUAG